AUGGCGCAGCAAGAUAAACUGAUCCCAUGUGGACCAAGCUUAACGUUUCUAGGCCUUGUGCUAAAGUUCGUUCUCGACCCAAUCGCAAUGACCAUUGGUUCCAUUGCUGUCGGACUACGCGGUGACGUUGUUCGGGUCGCCAUUAUACAGGCUGCGGUACCACAAUCGAUUACCUCCUUUAUGUUUGCAAAGGAAUAUGGAUUGCAUCCCGACGUGCUCAGCACAGCGGUCAUCAUUGGAAUGCUAAUAUCUGUUCCUUUAAUAAUUCUAUUUUAUGUAGGAUUGCAGGGCCUUUGA